CUGCUUUUUGAAGUACACUAAGCAAACAACGGCCAAGUACUACGCCAAAGCGAAGGGUUGAAGAAGUCAAGGGGUCAUAAGAGCAAGUAUUUUGGACACACUGUGGGAGAAAAAGUUUAUUUAUACUUGAACUGGCCUUCCUUUUGCUUGUGAGGGAAUAAGAAGAUUGUGUGCUCUGUGAAAUCCGCUUAAUUUAAGAGAUGUUUAAUGUUCUGAAUCGCGCUGAAUUGCACUCAGUGCUGUAGACAUUCUGAACGGCUUUGAGAGUUGGACAGCCACGGGUUCGAUAGGACUCCUAUUAGGACGAGGUGUCUUAGUACAAGCAACUGUCCACCAUAGAAGAUUCAGCAGGGAAUUCCACCUCUUCUCUCACAUACCCCACCAAAUGCUAUGGUGGGGUGUAGACACCAGAGCAGCAACCAGGACUAGGGCUAGAUGGGAGCCCAUACUGACAGUGCCAGCCUGAUACUAUGGCUGCUUAUGCCCUUAGCAGUCUGAUUAUGAUGAAUGGCAACAAUCUGACGAGUGCGAGCAGCCCUCGGACUGGGAGGCCUGUGCUGCAUGUGCCAAACCGCUCCACCUACUACAGCCCUGGUAGCCUGAUUCCUGGCUCCCCUGGGGGCUCCUUCGUCUCCCCCCCGUCUCCAGGCCCCAGCAGCCCCAGGGCACGCUCCCCCUGCCGCCACCCUGAAACCUUGGGGGAGAUCGUGGGCAAAUGUGUCCGCCGGCUCAGCAACAACGGAGAUGAUGAGGCCCCCAACUGGGAGGUGAAGCGCACGGUGCAGCUCCUGCAGAUCCACCAGGAGCUCCUGAAUGUGGAGGUCAACAAAAAGGUGGGUCUGUUUGAGGCCCACAUCUUGAGGGCCCCGUGCAGAACAGUCCCAGCCUCCAAGCCCAGCCAGCCCGCCGAGGUGCCUCCCCCUAACCCCCCACAGAGAGACUGCCCUCCAAGCAUUUCCAAGGAGCUCCAGAAUGGGAAAGGGUGUUUCUGCUUGGAGGAGGGAGUAACAGGGAACGGCAGAGUGGAAAAUAACACAGCUGACCCAAAUACGGAACAGGGCAGUCUGCUUGUGAACAAAUCAGCAGGAACUCGGGCCCAAGCUGACAGUUCAGCAGGCAUUUACUCCCCGAGUUCACUGGGGGUUGGCAGCUUCUUGGCAGGCAGCAACAGCGAGCACCCUGCGGAGUGGGCCCAGACCUGCCUGACAAAGGCAGGAGCAGAGCCAACGGAAACCCAGCCACAAGCACCCUCGGCCUGGGCCGGCAGGGAGGGGAGCUGCCCAGAAGUGGGGACCACCAUCCCAGCCGUCAUAGUCACCGACCACGAGAUGGAGGCCCAGGGAGAAGGCUGUGAUCCGGGCAGUGAGCCCCAGCAGAGUCCCAGGUCAUCCCGAGGCUUGAGAAAGCUGUCCUCCUCCUCAGCUUCUUCCACAGGCUUCUCCUCCUCCUGGGAGGAAUCAGAGGAUGACAUCUCCAGCGACCCGGAUAGAGCCGAGGGACUGUCACUUGCCUUCCUCAACACCCAGCAGAGAGCUCACAAGUCAUGGAAGAAGAUCAAGAACAUUGUCCACUGGUCUCCAUUCGUCAUGUCUUUCAAGAAGAAGUACCCUUGGAUCCAGCUGGCGGGUCAUGCAGGCAGUUUCAAGGCAGGGGCUAACGGGCGUAUCCUGAAGAAGCACUGUGACUGUGAGCAGCGCUGCUUGGAUUGGCUGAUGAAAGACGUGCUGCGUCCCUACGUACCGGCCUACCACGGAGACGUGGAGAAGGAUGGGGAGAAGUACAACCAGAUGGAUGAUCUGCUCUCUGAGUUCGACCUGCCCUGCGUCAUGGACUGCAAGAUGGGUGUCAGGACGUACCUGGAGGAGGAGCUGACCAAGGCCCGUAAGAAUUCCAGUCUGAGGAAGGACAUGUACCAGAAGAUGGUGGAGGUGGAACCCCUGGCGCCCACCCCCGAGGAGCAGGAGCAGCAGGCGGUCACCAAGCCUCGCUACAUGCAGUGGAGAGAGACCAUCAGCUCCACCGCUACCCUGGGCUUCCGCAUCGAGGGCAUCAAGAAGGAAGACGGGACGGUAAACAGAGACUUUAAAAAGACCAGGAGCAUGGAGCAAGUGACAGAGGCAUUCAACGACUUUGUCAAAGGAAACCAGAACAUCCUGAACUGUUAUCUGCACCGACUGAAGGACAUUAGGGACACUCUGGAAAUAUCAACCUUCUUCAAGACCCACGAGGUGAUUGGCAGCUCACUGCUGUUCAUCCAUGACAAGCGUGAGCAGGCCAAGGUGUGGAUGAUAGACUUUGGGAAGACCACCCCUCUGCCUAAAGGACAGGUCCUGAGUCACAGGGCCACCUGGGAGGAGGGCAACCGUGAGGAUGGCUACCUCUAUGGCCUGGACCACCUCAUAGACAUUCUCACCCACAUGGUGGUGACCCCAAAGCCAGACUCACUCUAAAAAGGGACUGUCCCCCCUCAACUCAAUCUUAACCCCAACAGGACCACCACCUCGCACUACAAUGACGCCUCUGAUGUCCCCAAAAAGCUACCCCUCCCUCCCUUAUUCCCCUUCUCCCCUGGCCCCAGAUAUCAAACUGUAACCACACAAGUGUUUUGUGUAAACUUGUAGGUUCUGUACAUACUGCUGUAUAGUGUGUUUCUGUUCUGAUGAGCCCAUGGGUUAGGUUAGGUUCUUUCUCUGCAACUAGCCCAUGACAACCCUUCUUGAGAUUUGAGUUUGUUUUGUUUUAUAACAGUUAAAAAAUAUAUUUUAGUGUUAGCUAACAGUGUGUAUCACUGCAGUUACAACUUCUAUGGUGCAUGGCCUUGUGGUAAAAGCCAAACAUUUGAAAUAGUUGGAUUCAGAAUUGUGGCACUUCCUGUGUUUAUACAUUUAUAUACAAUUUAAGAUUUACAGAAAAAUGUCCAGGGUCAGGUAGCCUGGCGGGUAGGAGCGUUGGGCGGUUGCUGGAUCGAAUCCCCGCGCUGAGCAUGUAAAAAUGUGUUGUUCUCAGCAAGGCAGUUAACCCACUGUUCCCCGGGCACCGUGGAUGUCGAUUAAGGCAGCCCUCUGCACAUCUCUGAUUCAGAGGGGUUGGGUUAAAUGCAGAAGACACAUUUCAGUAGAAUGCAUUCAGUUGUAAUAUUUGUAAUACUAUUUGUAAUAUUCCCUUGCUGAAUUCUCCAAUGUUUAUUAUUCAUUUGUACCUCAUUAUGUAAUAGUGUACUUGAGAGUAUGUGAUGUGCCUAUAUUCAUUCCAGUGCCUUUGGAGGGAAAGUAGAGAAGGUGGCAUAAGUUAAUGCACUCCGAUAUGUAAUUAUAACCUAUUUUAUUAAGGCUAAUGUUGACAUUCCUGUAAUCCAAACCAUUGAGGAGUGACUGUCAGUUCAAAGGUCAAUGUACAUGAAGCAGUGGGAGUGGGCGACUAACAGGAAAUGACCCUUAACCAAGUGAGAAUGAGUUUGCAUUCUAAAUAUGCCAAGUGCCUCAGCCUUUCAGCAGACAUAAAAAGUCCAGGGCCCGGUUUCCCAAAAGCAUCUUAAAGGGAUACUUCAGGAUCUUGGCAGUGAGGCCCUUUAUCUACUUCCCCAGAGUCAGAUCAACUAGGGGAUACUAUUUUUGUGUCCAGUAUGAAGGAAGUUAGAGGUAGUUUUGCGAGUCAAUGCUAGCUAGCGUUAGCGCAAUGACUCAAAAGUCUAUGGGUAUCUGCUAGCAUGCUAGGACCCUAUGGUUCUAAGAUGAACUUAGUCUUAACAUGCUUUUGGGAAACAGAGCCCAGGUUUUAUUCUCUUAUUUUAAUGAUUCCAUUAGUCAGAGAUGACGUCACCUGUGACUCCGUCAUUAAUGUAUAUCGUCUACCACUGUCCACCCAUAAUAACCACUGUUCUUAGAAGGAACCCACCCUAUCCUGUUUUCCUAGGAUCCUGUUAUUGUGCACAAGACAGAUGGUGAUUGCUGUUUGCAUGGCAAUUUGACAGUCAUAUAUAUACCAUUCCUGCCUGAUACCCAAAUAUCCUGAGGUGGCAAACAAAACGAAUGGGGUGUUGUCUGUCUACUGUCUAUUUAUUAAGUCUACAGACAGAGAGAUAGGCAUUUAACAGGUCAACAUUGUCAUCAUUGUCUGUUUGGAUUCAAUUAGCAUUGAGUCAUGUUUUUGAUCACAGUCGGAUCACACGCGCAUGACAUUGACCAUAGAAAGAGUAACUUGCAUGGUAUGGGAGGUUUUUUUAUGGGCGUUAAUACCCUUUUUUAAAUGUUUACUUCAGGGUUUAAUAGUCAUUCACCUCUAAUAGCCAUAUUACAUACAAUAGUCCUAGUUAUGAGAGUGAGGUGAGGUUGGCCUUGUUUUGAAAUGACUGCUCUCUCACCUUUAUCUAAGGAACUGAGAGGGGUGUGGUGUGUUAGGACUGCAAACAUCAUAUCCUAAAGAAACCGCUCACUUCUCCAAGGCCUUUAAUGGGUGGAGCUUGAGGCAGUUGAUUCUAGCAGGACAAACUGGACCAAUAGUUUUGACCAAUAGCCAAGGUGUAAAACGUUGUGCUUUACUUGUCCUGUCUUUGAGUGCCGUUGAACUACUUUACCUUUGCAUCAGGGUUAUCAACCUGAAACCUUUCGAAAUAAAUACAGUUUGGUAUGUUAAAGUAUGACUUGAUAUUAAUGGCCUGCACUGUUGGAGCUUGGAGCUUAAGGAUGUUCACUGUACCCUGCAUUUACAUCUGCAACCCUGUGCAUGUGACUAAUACACUCUCUGAAUCUAAAUCUAAUGUGAUGUACAGGAUUGUGGUACAUAUGCAGGAGAGUGAGACUAUAGGCCCGUUGCACUGGACCAGAAAGGACAGAAAUAAAGAGUAGAGUGUCCUCUGCUGUUAAUGAAUUGUAUUACAUUGAGCAGCAUAAAACAAAUGACAUGGGUGCAUUUUACAGAAACACAUUGUGACAUUGAUUUUAAUAUGUUGCCUUUAUUCUCUUACUUCAAUAUUUCUUCAGUAGAUUCUUUCAAAUCCCUCCUCUGUCGUCGUGCUUGUCGUUUUUUGUGAAGUCUCUUAGAAUGAUAUACCCAUGACCAUAUUUAUUUCUUUGUGACAUUUGCACAAGAACACUAAUGCAUGUGUUUUCAUUUUUGUUGAAAGUCAGUCAUGAUAUAAUCAUUUAGUAGGUCACUGUAACAUAGGCCUGACUCACUGCUUCUUACAAUGUGUAAAUAAUACUGUAUGUUUGAGAGAUGAACAAGAAGUCUGUGUUCUGUGCACUCUUCCAGGCGUACUUUUGUGCCUUGUGACACCUAUGAUCUGUAGACCUGGUUUUGGGCUACGCUGGCCACAGAGUGGUUGACAUGGAGAUUGCCAUAGCAACCUCAUCUGUCAUCCCUGGUCCAGGUUGACAUGAUUGAGUCCUUCCUCUCCAAGUCUUGUGCUGUGACACUGUGGGGACAUUGCGCCUGAGAUCCUCUGCAGCGUUGGGGUUCAUUCAAAUUUAAUUCGGAAUUCUUUAAUUCGCUCAUGAAGUGGAGAGUUACAUUUAAUUCAACUAUCUUCAAGUUAUGGAAUUGUAAUUGAAUUGAAAUGAUAUUGUUUGGACUGUUUGAAUUUAAAUUGAAUUGGCAUUGGAAUUCAAUAUUGGUACAUUUCCUAGUAAAUUGAAUUAAUGCACAUAGUAUCAAACAUUGACUGCAGGAUUUGUUUGAAAUAAUUUCAACUUAUAUUUCUAUAUUUCCAGUAUAGCUAGGCUGUCUGAACAGUGACAUGAUCUGAAAGCCUGAGGAAAUUGAAUUCGAAUUGGAAUGUGGGAAUUGUUGGUGAUAAUAUUGAAUUAUCUCCGAAUUCAAAGACUGACCUGGAAUGUUUAUUGAAUGAAAUGGAAUUUACAGGGAGUUGUGGAACAAACCCCACCCCUCGGUCGUCAGGUCAUUGUGCUGUCACCCCAUGAAUCUGCUUAUGUAAAUCAUGCCAUCAUGUCAAUACUGCAAGCAAAAAUAUGCUUGACUGUACAAUUUUUACUGUAGUAAAUUUGAACAAUGGCUUAAA